AUGUCUGGACAGAUUAUACGAUCUCUUACGAAAAACUCAUUAUGGCUGCCGGAAGUUUUUGGUAUUUGGGAUAGUAUAUAUAAUGAUACAGUGUGGGAAUUGCGUCUGACAAUACUUUUUUCAAGUGUCGCUUGGUACAAUAUUGGAUAUAUAAAUUGGGAACCUUGGAUGUCACAGAUCUUCACACGCAUACUCCGAGGUUUUUCACUUCCGAUCGGCAAAUUACAAAUAUCACCGCAUAAAUACAGUUAUUUGAUGUAUUCUAUUAGCAGAUGGAUUAUUGCUAUGAUUGGCAAUCGAAAUCAUGCCAAGAACGCGACGGAAGCCUGUCAAUAUCUAUCUAUGCUUCGACCUGAACUGAUCGUACCACCGAUUAUUGAAAAACUUUUCGCAUCAAUUGAUAAUACGAAUGAACCACAUCGAUUCACAUCAAUCAUGACUUGUCUAACACGUAUUACUCGUCAAUUAGUACGACAAACAGCUUGUUAUUCUCAAGGGCAAACCUAUGUGUUACCAUUAAUUAUGUCCGUAUUACCAGGUAUUGAUUUAAAUGAUUUCAAAAAGACAUCAGUUACAUUAGAAUUUCUCAAUACAAUUUUCAUGCUUAUUACAUGUGUUGAUUGUUCAUCAGCAAUACAUAUUCGAAAAGAUCUAACCGAUAUUGAAAAAGAAGUUUGUUUAUCAACAGCAAAAUUUGGUGAUUUUAUCAAUGAAUUUCUUGAUCGCAUUUUUCGAAUGAUUAGAAUUCUAUCGACCGACAUGUCUGAUGCGGCUGUAAUAAUCGACGAAGCGAAUAUGGAAGAUACCACUCUCGAAUCGAAACUUACAUCGAUCAUGGCCAAUAUUGUUCAGCAAUGCAGUAGUAAAAUCUUUCAAAUCAUUCGAGAGAAGAUAACAGAUUUUGUUACUCAUUCAUAUUGGUCUGCUAAAGUGAGAAAAAUUGUCGCGAGUCUUGUUCAAGCUAUUGUCUUAGGCGAUCCAGUCGAAACACUCAAGUAUCUCUUACCAAAAACAUGUGAUUCUAUCAACAAGAUCAUGAAUGAUGCAGAAGGACAUGGUUUACUAACCGAUCAUAAAGGUGACAAAGAACUUACUUGGUAUUUAUUUCUUUUCUCGGAACUUGUCCGUGCCCGCGGUGAUACUCUCAUAAUUUACAGACAAAUGAUUAUCUUAGUGUUUCAUCGAUGUAUUCAAAUUAUUCAUAAAGGUUCAUAUAAAGCUGUUGCUAGUGCAGCUAAGCAUUUACUUAAAUCACUCACUCAUAUAUAUAUGAUCAAUACUCGAUGGACGGGUGAAAAUAUCGAUGGACCAUAUGUCGAUUUUUUGCCUAUCCGAGUAUGGGGUCAACCUGUUGAUGUCGAUAAAUUUCAAGUUCAAUUUCAUAUUCCUGGUGACGAUGAACUUGAUUUUGUUCGUGAAUUUGUUGAGACGUUCAUCUAUAUCGAACUGGAUUUAUUAAAGGAGACAAACUCGAAACUAUCGAAUAAUGAACGAUUAAGAUCGCUCACAAUCGUUCAUCACAUUGCUAUGGGAUGUUUCCGCAUAGUACCACGUAUUGGUAGUCCAAACGUACAAAAUCUAGUGCCAACAGUUGUUUCCUACAGUUCACAAUCUCAAGCUCAAUAUUCGAUGUAUUCUAAAGAGCCAAAAUUUCGAGAAAAUUUACGAUUGCGUCUUCUCAUCGAUAUUGGAAAAUUACUUGGUCAGUAUUUUAUUGAUGAAUCAUUUCAAACCUAUUCUAUUGAUUUCGUAGACAUACUUGUAGCAAACCAUUCAGACGAUGUUGCAUCCAUCAAAAUUGCACAUAAGCAAUUCGAAAUGGUUGAAUAUGGAACGUUCACUGAAAUCGACAAACAAGUCGCACUGAAGUUGUUUGAACUAUCGAUAAAUCGAUAUAGUGAAAUACGUCGUCAAGCACAAACUGAAUUGUUUUCUGUUCUCAGUCGUUAUCGUUUUUCAUCACAAGUUAUUGUCGAUCGUAUUACAGAACUGCUCAAUGCAUCGAGCGAAGUCGAUCAUGAUCAAAUCAAAGUUGGUUAUCGCUGUCUUUCUCCUAGAAAUGUUUGGUUUUUUUCUAAUCCAUAUUUACCUAGGGUUGUCUGCAAUAUUUUGUCAUGGAGACAACAAGAGAUGGCAAUGUCAUUCCUUUGUCUUCUUCUUCAAAGAUAUGUACCAGUGCCAUCGUCAUGCAUUCACACAUGUAUUGAUCUUCUUGUUCAUGACCAUAUUGAAUUGAGAAAAUAUGCUAUACAGAGCAUAGCGGCCAUUUGUCGUUUACAAAAAUCACCUCGAAUAUAUGUUGAAAAGUCUCUCGACGAGGUUCUUCAUGAAACCAAGAAGGAGUCAUCAUCAGUCACUAUGCAUGAUGAAUGUCAUCCGGGCGAUCGUGACGAUAAUUUAUGGGUAACUAUUGAUUGUUAUAAACCACCCGAAACUCAAGUCGAAUGGGAACAAACGUGCUUUUUGGAUAAAACGUUUCAUGGUUAUUAUACAUGGCCAAAAAUGAUUAAAUAUUCGAUGAAUAAACGAGCACGUUACACACAAAAUGAUAUGCCAGAACAAGUGGCCAUCAUUUAUAAUCGUUUUAUGGACAAGAAUUUUCUUAUACAAUCAACAAAAUUAAUGAUUUCAGACGAGCAUACCGACGAGAUCAACCCCGAAACGCUCCGUCAUUGGAAUAAAUGUUUCAAAUGUACCAUGGAACAUGAAGAUCCUCGUCGAAUGUAUCGACUUAUUGAUUUUAUGCGUACAUUGAUCAAUAAUCGAAUCAGUUCGAAUACUUUCAAUGAAAUAUCUCGUUGGUCUCUCAUUCAAACAUUGAGAAUGUUUCAAUGGCGUAUUCCAUCAAUUUGGUGUACUAUCCAUGAAUAUGCUAGAGAACUACUUGAUCAUUCGUUCAAACCUGUCCGUGAACAUAUUGCCAAUGUAUUAUCGAUGUCAUUCAGUUUCAAUAUAAGAUUAUUCAAUGGGAAAUCCACACGUCAUCCUUCUAUCAAUCAAUGCAUGGAUGUUAUAUGUGAAAGAUUGCAUCAAGCUAUCGAAAUUUAUGAAAAGACGCCGCUGGUCAGUGUCUACGGUCAGUUCGUCGAAAUCGAUCCUGAAGCUUCUAAAGCGUUGAAUUUAAUUGAGACAGGUAGAGAUUUCAUUUUAGUUGCUGAAAAAAUAUAA